CUCUUUCAACAUUCGAAAUAUAACUUUAGACAUUUUUUCCCCUCUUUUAAAAUCAAAAGGUUUGUGGGACUUGCACGACUUUUGAACUUUGGAUGCUUGGAUGCUUUUCAGGAGCGCGUUCUAGUGCGCAAAGAAACGUGCGUAGUGCCAUUCACCAAACCGAUGCCCCCCUCUCUGCACUGUGAGUCGCAGUGAAUCAUGUCACGCCGGAAACAGAAGAGACCCCAGCAUCUCGUUAACGCGGAUCCGGGUGGCCCACGACUGCUGUCUCACGAUGACCGCCUGGGAAUGAAGUCACCAUCCACAUCUCUGGGCUCUGAAGUGACAUCAUCAGGAUCCUCAUCCUCAUCCCCCACCUCUCUCCAAGACUGCCAGCCGCCUCUGGCCCCUCGCCCAUCCCCCGGUGGGCUCCACGCGCCCUCCUUACCCAGCGAGAGUUCACCUCCGCCUCACUGGCCCAGCCACAUUGCCCCCUUCACCACCUCCCUCCCCAACACCCACUCUUCCCUCUCCCCAGACUUUCCUCACCCAUCGCUGUCUUCCCAGACUCACUCACCUCCUCCCCUUGGACAAACCUCUGGUUCACACAAUCUGUCCCACCAAGGAAAUUCUCACUCAACCAUGACCUCACCACAAAUGGGCAGUUCAGCCACCACCACUACCUCCUCCUCCUCCUCAUCCGCAUCCUCUCAGGGUGUGCCACCUGCCAGGAACAGUUCCAGUCCAGGUCAGCAGCAGUCCUCCAGCACUCCAGGGCAGCAGGGACAUAUCCAGGUGCCUCCAACCUUAGCCGUUCUCCUUGAGGAGCUGCGGAUUUUACAGCAGAGGCAAAUCCACCAGAUGCAGAUCACAGAAGAGAUCUGUAGGCAGGUUCUAAGGCUUGGAGGGGCUGUCUUUGGGCAAGAUAACAACACACAAGCUAGUGGUGCAGACAACAACCAGAAGUCCAUAGGAGCAGUGUCUUCAUCACCAACUCACCCUUCCACUGCCACUCCAGUGACCACAGCCUCAUCAUUUUUGAGUAGCCUUCCAUCUUCCCUCUUCCCCCAGUCAGCCAUCUCCAAAUCAAGUUCUUCACACGUCAGUGGCAGCAGAACAUCAUCCUCCUCUACCUCUUCUGCAUUGCCUCCCUCAUCUUCAUCAUCCAUUCCAGCCUCUAUCAGCUCCUCUGUUUCCUCCCUACACCCACUGUCCUUAUCAUUGGGCCUAACACCACGCUACCUCCAUGAGAAAUCGUCAAACACAUCCUCAUUUAACCAUAGCAAUGGUGUCAGUUUCCCUACCCCUCCCCUUCCUACAACCAGCCAUUCCCAGGACCUCCAGUCCAGCUCUACUCUGGGCUCAUUGGGGCGCCCCCAACAUGUCUGCCGUUUUUGUGGGAAAGUUCUGAGCAGUGAUUCAUCACUCCAGAUCCAUCUCAGGUCGCACACAGGUGAAAGGCCCUACCAGUGUCCAGUCUGUUUGAGCCGUUUCACAACCAGAGGAAACCUCAAAGCUCAUUUUCUGCGACACAGAGAGCAGAACCCAGAGCUGUCACUCUCCCUGUUGCCCCCAGCUCUGUCUGAGCAAACACAGAGUGGACCUGCACCUGGUGCGAUUCAGAGACGGAGAAAACGGCGGGCAGAUGAUGAUGAGCCAUUUAAUGGAGUGAAAGGAAGCAUUCCGGGAAUGACAGAAAACAUGGCUUUAGGAUUCCUGUCUGGUUCAUCCUCCCGGCCCUCCCCCUCCUCUCUACCUCUGCCACCCACUGUGGACAUGGCACUGCUGUCCACAGCCCAUUCAUUGCUACAGCUGAACAGAGCCUCAGCUGCAGCUGCUGCUAGUGUAUCAAGCUCUGUACUGCCUUCUUCGUCAACCUCAACUUCCUCCUCCAUGGGAAGUCAGUUUAAAGGUGCAAAGCAGCAGCGUUUUGAUGAAAACACACCUCCACAUUCUACCCUACACACAACUUCCCCGUACUCUCAACUGGCCCACCUCCCCAAGAUUCUAUUCCCUGGAGGUACCUCCCCUCAUCACCUUGCACUUCUCCGGGCCCCAGGCCACCCAUCCACUUCUCACCUGACUUCUCAUCAGCUACCCUACCCCUUCCCACCUUACCCCAAAUCAUCAACCUCCUCUCCCUCCUCAUCCUCUCCCAACACCUCAACCCAGACCUCAGACACCUCUAAGUUGCAGCGACUGGUACAGAAGCUUGAAAAGCAACCUCAAGGAAGUGCCUCCUCUCCAUCCACCUCCUCACAAACACUUGCUGAAGUCAAUGGGGACAUACAUGGCCAUGACCUCACCACCACCUCCAGUGCCUAUCGCAGGGAAAUGUUGGCUGCACUUGGCCUAAGCCCAAGUGCCAAUGCUGUGGGGCUAGUGAGCAGUCAUGCAGUCUUAGGUUCAGAAACUUCAACUACGAGAACCGCUCCUUCUCUCCCUAGUACCCAGACUGCUAACCAAUGUGGUGUCUGCUUGCGUGUCCUUAGCUGCCCUAGAGCUCUUCGUUUGCACCAGGCCACACAUCUGGGAGAGCGUCCAUUCCCUUGUAAGUUGUGCGGCCGCUCCUUCUCUACAAAGGGUAGCCUUAGGGCUCACCUGGCCACCCACCGCGCAAGACCGCCAAAUGCCCGUGCCAUGAACUCCUGUCCGUUGUGCCCACGCAAAUUUACCAAUGCCUUGGUUCUUCAGCACCACAUCCGUUUGCACCUGGGAGGGCAAAUACCCACUGAUGAAGACAUACCACCCGAAGAUGGUGCAGGAAUAGAAGGUGCCGUCUAUGAUGAUGCUGAGAAUGAUAUUAACUCCCAAUCUAAAGCCCAACAACUCCUUCCCUUGGCCUUAACAAUAGGCUCCAAGUCUCUAAAUGAUGCGAUUAAAUCCGGAUCCACCUCUAAGAAAUCUAAAACUGCUGAUGUUACUUCUGUGAAGACUGAAGAAUCUGAGGGCUCAACACCCAGUAUUAGCCCACCCCUAACCCAUAGAUCCACCACAGCAGGAGUGGAGGACCCCCUGAAUCUGGGAGACAACUCCCUUGGUGAUGGUAGCCCUAUGAACGGCUCCGUGCACUCUGAGGAAGAGACCCAUCUUGAUCUAAGGAAGGCACCCUCAGCUGGCUCUAAUUCAGCUGUGAUGAAUGGAGGAACAGAGGGUGAUGACAUCCCUCUUUCUCUCUGUGUUUCAAAGUCUAGGGCAGGAAAUGAUACACUUCAAAAAGAGGUUAGCACUGAUGAAGCCACCUCCACAGACGAACCCAUGAUUGGCACUGAUUCUGACACAAAACCCCAAGCCGGAAAUCCCUCACCUGCACUCACUCCUCCUGCCAGUCCCAAAGGUAUCCCAGAGGAAGAAGAGGCCAGUGUGCCACAUGUGCCGCAGGAGAACGAUGCAACCCAAAGUAAUGGGAAGGGAGAGAAAACCACACCUACAGAGGCUUCACCAGUGACGGAAGCAGAUGUGGACAAAGUGACUUCAUUUGAGGAGGGUUAUGGUGAACCAGAAAAACCUGCUGAGAUUCCAGAGCCCUCUGUCCCAGCACCACGGAACCAGACUCCCCGCCCGGACAAACCCUACAGCUGUUCCCAAUGUGGAAAGGCAUAUGCCAGUCGUAGUGGACUUAAGGGACAUAUGAAAACUCACCCUGGAGCUUUGACCACUGCCCCUUCCACUGCACAAGUCAGUGAUAACGACACGGCAGAAGAUCGCAGUUCACAUUCAACCAAUAAGAACGCGGAACAGCAAGAUGACAAGCAGAAAUUGGCUAAAUCUGAGAAAGGCGAUAGCACAGAUUCUCCUCCUAUUGGUUCUGAUGUGGCAGACGAGCCUAUAGACACUACUGUGUAGAAAGUUAGUUGGAGUAUGUUUUUAAAGGGUCCUGACAAAGGAAUGUAUUUUUUUUUUAUAGAAUAAGAAUUAUUUUUUAGAUGUAUUGAUUGAAAUUAAUGUCUACCAUUUAUAUUAGACACAUAGAUCUAGUUUAUAUUGUAGUACUUUUACAAGAGACGUUUGAAUGUAGUAUUUUAGCUAUGUAUUUUUUGUAUCUCAAAGACCACAGUGAGGCCUUACAGUAUCUUAAACUCUUCACAGCAUUGUCAUGAUGAGAAUUAAUUGUAAAUUGUGCACUUUGUGCUGACAGCAACUUCGGCGCAUACUGUAUAAAAUUAAACCAGUGUAAGCUGAUUUUGAAACUAAAGUGGAGAGUGCAGAAUAUUACAAAACAAACUCCAUACCAAAACGGGCCAAAAAGUAUUGGCCAACAUUUGUACAUAUGAGCUGCAGUUAUGUUUUAUACCUUUUUAUUGUUACUGUCUUCUUUCUUUCUUUUUAUCAAAUGUGAUGCUGCUGAAUGUUUCUCAUGUGCGUCGCACUAUACGUUGCACUGUGUCUGGUGCUGCCGAAACAUCGGGGCGGAGCAAACACAUGCGGGCAAAGAUGAUAAGCAUGACGAUGAUGAUGAUAAUAACAAUAUUGAUGGUGUUUGAUGACUUUUGUGAACAGCCCUGUACUUACUGCUAUAAACGUUGACAGACGGAAUUGACUUUAUUCAUACUGAUGAUUGUAAAUGUUUUGUUGUUGUUCAUCUGCCGUGUCGAGGCAACAACAAAACUCCCCCUCCUUUACCACCUCCCACCCCACCUUCUCUCCCUCUCAAAGCACUUGAGAGUUUUCUGCUCCUGCAGAAAUUGUCUGCACUCACUACAUUCAGCUAAGUUUAGUAUUUGUAUGCUUUGUUUUACCCUUUGUAACCCCCCCCCAUCCACACACUUUUUUUGUAGCAAUGACAGCAUGCUGUAUGUUUCCAUGAUUCCCAUGUGAUGUGUAAAAUAUAAAUAAAACAAUGGCAAAAUGAA